AUGCGCGAGGUGCGCGUGUCCCUGUGCCUGGUCAUCUCCUCCAUAGCCGUGCGGUGUCUGCCUGUGGGUGGCUCAUCUCUGUCCGUGCUUCCUGUGCAUGUGCAAAUCUCGAGUGUCCCCGUUCGUGAGCUGUUUGCGCUGGUGCUCUCCGUGCUGAGUCAGGUCACCGAGCAGGACCGCAGGCAGAACCUCCCCUCUGGACCCCCACAGGAUCCCUCAGCAGGAACCCGCACUGGGACCACACCCAAGGGACCCCGGCGCUGGAUCUCCAAGGAGUCCCCGAGGUCCCCGAGAGUGAUUCUCACCCUGGACCCCCCCACUGGAUCUUCAAGGGGUUCCCGAGUGGGACCCUCACCCCAGACCCUCCCACUGGAUCUCCAAGGGGUCCCCGAGUGGGACCCUCACCCUGGAUCUCUCCAUGUGGUCCCGACUCAGCGCUCGGGGCCGGAGCGGUACCGGACCCAGCCGGCCACGGGGCGUGGUCCAUCUCCAAACCGAGCGCGGUUUAACGCCCAAGACGAUGCGGCACCGGCGGUGGCCCCGGAGAGCCCCGGCCCCGCCGAGCUCUACCGAGCGCUGGCGGCGGCCGGCGGGACCCUGCCCCGCGUGCGCAAGGACACCGGGUUCAAAUGGGCAUCCCCGAGCCAGUCCCCAGAGGAGCACAGGAGGGUGGUGAUGCUGGAGAAGAAGGCAGAGGAGUCUUUCGGCUUCGAGAUCCAGACCUACGGGCUGCACCACCAGGACAGGAACAGCGUGGAGAUGUUCACCUUCGUGUGCCGCGUGCACGACGGCAGCCCGGCCGAGGCCGCGGGGCUCAAGGCUGGGGACACGAUCACAGGAGUGAAUGGGCUCAAUGUGGAGGGCAUCCGGCACCGGGAGAUCGUGGAGAUCAUCAAGAGCUCAGGGAACGUUCUCCGGCUGGACACUCUCUAUGGGACGUCCAUCCGCAGGGCCGAGCUGGAGGCCAGGCUGCAGUACCUGAAGCAAACCCUCUAUGAGAAGUGGGGAGAGUUUCGCUCGCUGAUGGUGCAGGAGCAGAGGCUGGUGCGGGGUGUGGUGGCCAAGGACCCCAGCAUCUACGACACGCUGGAGUCCAUCCGCUGGUGCCUGCAGGGGGAGGGACUGCCGGGGGGCUCCUCCCGUGCCAGCGGCAGCGAUGACUCCCUGUACCAGACCUGCGUCUUCGCCUCUUCCAGCUCCUUGGAUGCGGACAAGGAUGGCGACAAGGACAAGGAUGAGGACAGCGGGGGUCCCGCGCCCCCCCCACCGCGCCCCCGCCCUGCCCUGGCCCGCAGCGCCAGCCUCAAGUGUGCGGGGGGCCCGGGGGCUGCGGGGAGGCUCUGGGCUCGGGCCGGGGACCCUGGGGAGGGGGCGGCCGCCCCCCGCAAGAGCCGACACAGCAGCUUCCGCCGGCGGCUGCUCAAGUUCAUCCCGGGUCUGAACCGGGCGCUGGAGGAGGAGGAGAGUCACCUCUAGCCGGCCCCCGGCUCCCCAGGACUAUUUAUUUAUUUAUUGCAAGGGGCUUCGUUCCCCCGGCCCCCAGCCCUGGGGGCUGCAGGAAGGUUUGGGUUGGCCCCGGGGGUUCCGAUUUGCGCCCCCACCCCGGGCCGUGGGGAUUGUGACACUGUGAGGGACGGACACGACACCAAGGGACAGACGUGAGGACCUUCCUGAAGCGGCGCACGGAGCUGUCGCUGCUCUCAGGAGCAGGGGACUCCUCCCAGGAGGGGAGCACCGGGGGAGCCCCGCAUUCCCCAGGUUCGGGGGGCUCUGGGGGUCGCAGCCCUGCUCCCCCCGGGCUGUUGUACCACGUCAGCGCUCGCCAAUACAGAGACGAUUUGCAGCGA